AUGACCAUGUCGGGUGAUCAGACAGCUAGGGCAAGUUACGUAAUAACACAAGGUAACGAAGGUGGCUAUGUGAGGAAUACCAGAAGUUCUAAAAAUGUGGGAGCAACUAUGAAUAAAACUAAUAAGGGUCAAGAUAGUUCAAAUGUCAAAACUGUAAUCAAUGAGGUUGACCAUAGCCAUGCUGAACAGCCAUAUUCUGACAAAAAGACAAAUGAAUGGAAAGUAGUACCUGGGAAACGUAAAGGCAAAACAGCAACAGUGUGUACUGGAAUCAAUGCCCCUGAACAAGAUAACAUUAAGGGUGCACCAAAAAAGCGGUGGAUAUAUCUUGGAAGAAUUGCAGGUGAUAUUUCAGAGGAAGCAGUCAAAAAGUAUUUGAGUAAUUUGAAGACAUCAGAGAAUAUUAUCGUUAAAAAAUUGAACACUGUAGGAUCCAAUUCUGCGUUCAAAGGGGGGGAGAAGGGACAGCGUAGUCUAAGGCUGAGGCUUCUUCAUAUAAAUGUCCAAUGUCUUCGUAAUAAGAUCGAACAAAUAGAGGCUUUAUGUUUAGAUCACGAUAUUGUUUUGUUCAGUGAACAUUGGAUGUGUAUGAGGGAGCUGGAGCAAGUAAAGUUGCAUGAUUUUACAGUUCUUUCUUCCUAUUCCCGUGGGCAUCGUGGUCAUGGUGGUGUGGCGGCCGCUGUUAGAAAUUUUCAUGUUGAUAAAUUUGUACCCAGAAAUGAUAUAAACUUAAAAUCAGUGGAAGUGGAAAGUGAGGUUUGUGCAAUCCAGUCCACUCAAUUAAAGACCUUGAUUAUAGCUGUUUAUCGAUCUCCACUGGGUAACUUCAAUGUUUUUCUGGAUGUAAUUGCAAGUAUUUUAGAAUUAAUAAAUUGUUGUGACUUUCGUGUUUUCGUCCUGGGGGAUUUUAACAUUAAUUUUCUCAGAGAUAGCACUAAUAAAUCUGCGAUCGUGGAUCUUUUCUCUUCAUAUGGUCUCCAUGGUAUUGUGUCGUCUGUUACUAGAGGAAGUGCAUGUUUGGAUAACAUUUUCACAAAUGUUGAUGAUUGUAGGGGUUGCGUGAUUGAUCUGGGUUUCUCUGAUCACUUGGGCAUAGAGACUGAAUUUGUUUGUGAUGUAGGAACACGAGGAGUUGGUGAAGUAACUGUGUGUAGACCACUUACUAGGGUGGGAAUGGAUACUCUCAAAUAUCUGGUUAGGGAUAUUUGUUGGGAUUUUAUAUGGGAUACUAAUAUUGGUACAGAGAGCAAGUUUGAUAUGUUUGUGACAUUUAUAAAGAAUUGUGUGGAUUUAUCAUUUCCCCAAAAAACAUAUAAGCAUUCUGUUAACUCCUUGCCUAUUUCUUGGUUCAGUAAUGAUCUGAAAAAUAUGCGCGAGAGAUUAAUUUUUUAUAGAGAUCUUGUUGAUGUUUAUAAGACACCCAAUGCGAAGAAAAUAGUAAGUGACUAUCAAAAAUUAUAUCGACGUGAAAUUAAGAUUGCAAAAAAGCAAUAUAAUGACAACUAUAUCCGGAAACAUAAUUAUAAUCCAAGAUCUGUAUGGAAUAUUAUCAAAAGUAGUACCAAUCUGUUGAAGAAAAAAAUAACAAGUAAAAAUAAUAUCACUGCUAAUAGAUUCAACCAAUUUUUCGUUGAUUCACCCAAAGAGAUCAUCAUGAAUAUACCACAAUCUAGAAGGACAUCGGCGGAAUUUAUGAAUAACUACUGUAGUUCGAUAGGGUCCAGAUUACAUGAUAUUCGAUUUAAGUUCUCUCUUGUAUCUGAGGCUUCGGUUAGAGAUAUCAUUAUGAAACUAAAUAAUAAGAGUAGUCGAGACUAUUAUGGAUUCAAUAUCAGAAUAGUCAAGAGUCUAGUAAAUGAAUUAAUUGGUCCACUCACCAAAUUGAUGAAUUUAUGCUUAAAAGAUAACAUCUUCCCGAAAAUACUUAAGGUAGCAAGAGUUGUUCCUGUUCAUAAAAAAGGUUCAGUGCAGUUGGUCAACAACUAUAGACCAAUAUCGAUUAUACCAUUGUUCUCAAAGGUCUUGGAAAGGGUUAUGCAGCUACAGUUAACCUCCUAUUUUGAGAGCCUCUUUAAUAGCUCCCAAUUCGGAUUCAGAAGCGGCCUCUCUACGACAGCUGCCAUCACAGAGCUUAUGAAAAUUAUUAAUGAAGGAUAUAGUGAUGGUUUAUACGUGGGUGGACUUUUCUGUGACUUGAGCAGGGCUUUUGAUUGCGUGUCUAGAGAACAUCUUCUUUAUAAAUUAAGAAGGUAUCAGUUCGAUCAGGGUGCAAUUGAACUUUUGGGCUCCUAUUUGUCUGAUAGGGUGCAGUGUGUUGAUGUCGGGGGAGAUCUGUCUGACUUGUCAAGUGUUGAUUGCGGUGUGCCACAGGGAUCGGUUCUCGGACCGCUCCUCUUCCUCAUCUACGUCAACGAUCUUGUGAGCUGUGACCCUGAUGCGGACUUUGUCCUUUUUGCUGAUGACACAACUGUGCUCAAAAAGGCUCAGUCUAGGGAGCUUAUAGUUCACAUUUUGGGAGAGUUGUCCUCUGUUGUUUCAGAAUGGUUCAAUAGCAACCAGCUCAGCUUGAAUGAAACGAAGACAGAGUAUAUGUAUUUUUCAAUGAGAGAUCUAGGAGGGAUGAAUUCACUUGAACCAAUCAAAUUUUUAGGUGUACAUAUGGAGGGUAAUUUGUCUUGGAAUGCUCACGUCGAUAAAGUCUGUAGUUCAAUUACGUCAGGUGUUUUUGCAUUGCGGUCAUUAACUGAUGUUGUGUCGGAUUCUGUGUUAUUGUCUGUGUAUCGUGGAUUCAUAGAAUCUAGGAUAACAUAUGGUAUUUUGUGCUGGGGUCAUGAUGCUGGUGUUAAACGACUCUUUGGAUUGCAAAGAAAGGCUAUCAGAGUUUUGGACUCGAAUCCCUCGGCAUUAGUCCCAAGCGAGCUUGGAGAGAGCGGGUCCGGCAGCAAAUAUAUAGAACACCAUAUAGUAGAUUAUCGGAGUGGUCUCCAGAGGGCAAUGCUGGCAGUGCGCGACAACUACCGGCCCUUUUUGCGAUUUGACCGAGUGUUUGGCCCACAGGCCAUGCAUCUUCCGGAGCUGACGUCGAAGCGGCUAUCCACUGCUCUAAUCUACUGUGAUUUAUUCAUUCUGAUUGGUUUAAUGACGUCGGUAACUGAUGGUCCUCGAUUCUGUCCUGUCGUUUCGACUGAUUAG